GAGCCCUCAGUGAUUGAUACAGUUAGGCUGAACAUCAAAUCUGGGAAUGGUGGGAACGGGUGUGCCAGCUUCCUUCGUGAGAAGUAUCGACCGAAGGGUGGGCCCAAUGGCGGAGAUGGCGGAGACGGCGGCAACGCGUACCUGGUCGGCGACGCGUCGUAUAAUACUCUGCUCCAUAUCAAGUUUAAUAGCACUGUUUAUUGCGAUCCGGGUGGCCACGGCAAGGGCAAGAACCGGCGUGGCUCAAACGGAGAUGACACCUUGGUUCCGGUGCCAAUCGGUACCGUUGUUUGGCGGAUGGACAAGGACGGGACCAGGGAGCUCUUGGCCGAUAUUCGCGACGAUACGCCGUUGCUUGUUGGCAGAGGAGGAAAGGGAGGUUGGGGAAACGCCCGUUUCGCAACGCCUACGAACCAGGUACCGGUCUUAGCUGAACGUGGAGAGAGGGGCGAGGCGGCUGUCCUGUUCCUGGAGCUCAAGCUCCUGGCUGAUGUGGGCCUCCUGGCGCGUCCCAACGCAGGCAAGUCUACUCUGAUCUCGCGCUGCUCCGCUGCCAAGGCGCGGGUCGCCGACUAUCCGUUUACGACCGUCGAGCCGGUUCUGGGGGUUGUUCGCUCAGGCAAGAGCGGUUUCGUUAUGAUGGAGAUACCUGGCCUGCUGGAGGGGGCGCACAAGGGCGUUGGUCUGGGCCACCAGUUUCUGCGUCAUGCCGAGCGCGCGCGGCUUUACGUUGCAUCUGGUAGAUGGACUUGCUGA